AUGGGUGUGCAGCCUGGGUCAGAUGGGGAUGCAGACUCAGGUCAGAUGGGUGUGCAGCCUGGGUCAGAUGGGGAUGCAGACUCAGGUCAGAUGGGUGUGCAGCCUGGGUCAGAUGGGGAUGCAGACUCAGGUCAGAUGGGUGUGCGGCCUGGGUCAGAUGGGGAUGCAGACUCAGGUCAGAUGGGUGUGCAGACUGGGUCAGAUGGGUGUGCAGACUCAGGUCAGAUGGGUGUGCAGACUCAGGUCCAGCACUCUGGGUGCUCUGCCUCUCACUUACUUCAGACAUUAGAGAUGUGUCUACUAGCUUAA